UGCGGCGACCAGUCAAGGCUCGAGGGUUGCCUUUCGCGUUGGCAGGAAAGAUCCUCGCUGAAUUAUCUGCAUUUCGUGGCGUCUAUCGUGAGCUCCAGGUCGUGGGCUUGGUAGAAAAUUAUACCCUUGACAGCGACUAGUGAUCUUGUUAGUGAAUCAAUCUGGUGUAGCUGUGUUUUAAACAAAAUCGCAUGAAAACAAGAGGCGGUGACAGUCAGUCACAGCCAUUGAAAAGUGUCUCGCCCGUGGCUUGUCGUGUGUGUUUAUCCAAUAUCUCCGGGAAGUCUGUGUUUUAGACGUGAUCGCCGGUUCCUGAGGAGUAUGCUAUCCUGAUUGAGAUCCAGAUUCUUAGUACUGCAAGGUAAAGUGCCAAGAUGAGCUGCAGAUGACUGUUAGCCAAGUCAGUGCUCGUCAGACUUUAACAUGAGCGAAGUAGUUACUGUGACAAUGCCCACUGGUGGACCGACCUGCCAGGAAACUGUGGCACAUAUCAAAAGGCAUAAGUUAGCCAACUGCAAUGUUCCUCUUGUCCAUGGCAGGCCAAACCCUCCGAACAACGUUCGUAAUAGGCUAACCACGCAUCAACGAAAUCAUAGUCUGGACUUUAGAUCAAUGGGAAUUCUUUUGCCACCGGUUCCUCAAGUAACCGCCACGACAUUAACGUUGCAUCAUAGAAAUCGGAGUCUGGACUCUGCACUACAACGAAUUCCGGAAGUGGAUGUAACACCGAGUCCAGAAUGCGAAACGGGUCCUGCCCCAACUACUAAAACGGUACCUUCGAUAAAGUGUCGUAGUCGAGAAAGGGAGGAUCUCGCCAGUCUAGGCUCUGACGACUCUGGCAUCCUUUGCGGUUCUGAUAGCGGUUCCAGUGAUACGGCCAACGUCACAACCAGGGAAUCCAGUGUAGAUCAUUUGCAUAGUCGCGAGAGCUUGGAUUCCUCGUUAUCGCAAGCUGGUGAUAUGGAUAGUGUGGACGUGGUAGACGGAGAUGAAAGUGUCAUGUCAGUUUCUCCCAUAGAACUAAUACCGAGUGAUUCUUUACCGAAAGACUAUGAAAACGUUGAUGACCGAGUCCCCACCGAACAUGAGACUAGUGAUCAUUCGCCCAAAGAGUUGCCUAAUGGCGAUUACUUGCCCAAAGAACUGCAAAAUCGUGAGUGCUCAUCCAAAGAACCGCGGAACAACCAGACUAACACGGGGUCAUAUCAUCAAAAUUCCCUCGAAGUGGCUGUGCAGAGGGAAGUGGCGGGUGCUGCUAUGACAUUGUGUUGUGGCACCGGGCAACCGGAUGCAGAGACUGUGAAAAAACAACCGGAAAUACGUAGGCAAGAGACAGCUCAGCCUAAACCCUCCGAAGGAUGUUUGCUCAGGUUAUUCGAAAGCCAGAUCUUCGACAUGUCUAUGGCGAUAUCAUAUCUUUUCAAUUCCAAAGAACCAGGAGUUCAGAGUUAUCUGGGUAAUAAGAUGUUCAGUUUCCCGGAUAAUGAGGUGGAUUUCUAUUUGCCGCAACUGGUUUUAAUGUAUAUACAACUGCAUGACGUUACAGAGGUUCUUUAUCCGUAUCUUGUCCAUAGGUGCAGGCAGUCAGCAGAUUUCUCUUUAAAAUGUGCUUGGCUACUGGAUGCGUAUAGUUCUGAUGCUCAUUUGCCAUCGAAAAAGAAGUCUCACGGGACCAAAUUAAAAAAUUUAAUUCUCUCAGACGAACUCAGUACAACUACAAUAUUUCAUGGGAAUAUAGAGAAAUCUAGCAGACCCAUACAGUUCCGCGGAUACAAGAAUAACAUAAUUUUCAGGCCAAAGGCAAAUGAAGCCAUGCGAAAGCAACGGGUCACUGGUUUACAUGUACCUACACCGCCUCCAUUGCCAUCUACCCAAAUCGCAACAUCUCCCAAUAAGAAAACUCAUCAGAGAUCUCAAUCUGAUGCCACUGGUCUCUUCCAAACGUUGCGCCGUAGCCAUUCCGGAUUAAUCAGUAAAGUAAGUCUUGGGGACUUGAGUUCCGGUCGAGCUUUUGACAACGGAUGUACCUGUUUCGAUUCCUGCCAAGGUGUGGUUAAUGACUUACGAGGACAGAAAACUGACUGCUUCUGUAAUGCACCACGGUUGGUCCCAGAGCUUGAAUUUAUUCAGGCGCUGAUUACCAUCGGCAAAUUACUCGGAACCAUUCCCACAAAGGAAAGCAAAACUGUUCAGCUGGUAGCCGAGCUGAACACCCUCAAUCUGAAUCUUCCCGCAAGGGUGUGGCUUCCUCUGCAUAGUGCAGUGCCGCAUCACAUAGUCAGAGUCCCGCCCCAGUAUGCUGCGGUUCUCAAUAGUAAAGACAAGGCUCCCUACAUAAUCUACGUCGAAGUACUGGAAGUCGAGGACUUGUAUACUUCACCAGUGCCGACGAAGAUCAUGGGAAGUUCACUGAGACACACCAAAUCCGAGGAGAACCUCACAGGUGGUGAACAGUCCAAUACAUCUGAAACUUGUAGCAUAUCAAAUGCGGAUAGCCAAGAGACUGCAGUGACACCAGGACUCAGACAGACGCCAAUAAAAACUACGUAUGUCUUCCCACCGAGAAGUGCGGACGUUGCAUUUAAUUUUCCCGAUGAUGAUUCUAAUGACUGUUGGAGUCAAGAGGACGACGAUAUUUCGCAACAGUAUUUACAACUACGUAAACCAAGAGAUAGGGACACGAUAUCGCAGCUGAGUCAGGAUUCGUCUGAUAGUCGCGAGCCGAUUUUUGUUCCUGGCGACAUAAAAAGGCGGCUUAGCGAAAUGGCUGCUACUCCAAGUGCGACGUUCAAUCACGACCCAGAAGAUCCAUCUGCUGCCGUUCUAAAGGAACCCUGGGAAUUGAAGCAGCGACGUAUAAGAACCUCCAGUCCCUAUGGUCAUUUAGCAUCUUGGCGACUUCUUGCUGUUAUCGUUAAGUGCGGCGAUGAUCUCAGGCAGGAACUUCUUGCCUCGCAGCUUCUUUCUAUGCUGCAAAGGAUCUGGCAAGAUGAACAAGUACCCUUAUGGGUGCAGCCUUACAAGAUUCUCUGUCUCUCCAAUGACAGUGGAUUGAUCGAACCCAUUCUCAACACGGUAUCUCUUCAUCAGGUGAAGAAACAUUGUCAGCUCACGCUCCUGCAGUACUUUGAAAGAGAAUUCGGACCGUCAACGUCGGAAGCCUUUGCUACGGCUCGUAAAAAUUUCGUUCAGAGCUGCGCUGCGUAUUGCCUCGUCAGUUAUCUGAUUCAAGUGAAAGAUCGUCACAAUGGGAACAUCCUUUUACAUAGCGACGGACAUCUUAUUCACAUUGAUUUUGGCUUCAUUCUCUCUACCUCGCCACGAAAUUUGGGAUUCGAAACAUCACCCUUCAAGUUGACACCUGAAUUCGUCGAAGUGAUGGGUGGCAGCCAAUCUAAAAUGUUCCAGGAGUUCAAGAGUCUCAUCCUGCAGGGACUCGUUGCAGCACGCAAACACAUGGAGAAGAUAGUCAACCUUGUUGAGAUUAUGUUGUCAGGGUCCCAGCUUCCUUGUUUUCGGAGCGGCGGUGCGGCUACUGUUCAGGGUCUUAAAAAUCGAUUUCAUUUGACUCUGACCGAGGAUCAGUUACGUCGUCACGUCGAAGAUCUUGUCGAGGGUAGCAUCCACUCGUGGUCCACGAAGCUUUACGACCGAUAUCAAUACUUUGCCAAUGGCACGCUCUAAUUCCGAUAUCAAACUUUCUAUCUACGGCGAGCAUUGUCGUCGUUCUGACAUCCUGUGGAACUAAGGAAUUUAUACGUGACACGAAUCAGGCCCAAUGACCUUUCUUUCAAUUUCAGUAAUGCGGGAAUGUACCACGUAUAUUCCACAAAUAUGUGUUUACGCUUCGUAGCAUUCCACGAGCACAAAUCGUUUCCGAAAAAUGUUGGUAACGUUGAGCGCUGUCAAAGUGUCAAAGCAAGAUCAGUGGACACACGUUAACAACAAGGUUAUUCAAUGAACUUCGAUUUACGUCCCUCAAUGAUACUUUUUUUGGGUCUAUUAGUCUAGAUACGCGAGUGCAGCUUUCGUGGAUGCCCAAGUCUUUCAUUAAUAAAUAUAAAGUUGAGAGCCGUGCGAAGGUUAUCUAUCAAAAGUCAAUUUAUUAAUUACUAGCCGGGAAACUCCAAGAAAUUAAUUUUUACGCAUUGUCGUUGCCAGGCUACUUCAGUUUAUCGUAAGAGAGAAGGGAAUCAUUUUUUUCCUGUUGAGCAACAUCAUAUUCGGCUACCCGUAUGAUUGAUACGUGUGGAACGGUGACACCUAAAAUAACAAUUACAAGUUGGCUAUCAUCGGUGCAGACUCUAAUGACAUUUAUUCAAUGUUGAACUGCUGGAUCCGUUAUAGCUAAUUAAUGGAGUAAUUUGUUGAUGAAGGUGCCUUAUAGCAAACGACGUUCGGUGGUAUGGUUGAGGUUACGAGAAAAAAGAAAGAAGAUCGCAGUGAAGUGAGUGCAAAAGUGUUACGUACCAAAAAAAAAAGAAGGAAAUAGCAAAAAAAAACUGAACGAUACAAGGGAGCAGGACAAUCUGAUAAUUUGUAAAUACAUAAA